AUGGGUUUGAGACCGGAAAAGCCCAUUUGGAUGAGCCAAGAACAGUACGACAGGCAAUAUGGAACUUUUGCCGAAGAAAAGGUCAAAAAACCAGCUACAAAACAGCCUGAAGAAGAACAGUUGAAAUCAAAUGCAAUUGAUGAGGAAUCAGACCAGAAAGCAGAGCAGGUAACGCCAGAAGAAGUGACGCAAGAUCAGGAGCCAGAGAAACUCGCUUUUCGUUUGCAAAAGCGUAGACGACAGCGUUACGAUGUUGACGAGAGACGCAAGAAAAGCCAAUUAAAUAGAAUGCGCGAAGAGCAGAUCAAAAGACAUGAGAUCGACAUGACAGCCAAUAAAGUAGUCAAUGUGGACCAAAUCAUUCGGGAGCACUACAACGAACGAACUUUUGUGGCCAAACGGAGACGAAGAAAUUUGUCCCCCAUCAUCAAGCUCAGAAACUUCAAUAACGCCAUCAAGUACAUGUUGAUCGACAAGUUUACUUUUCCCGGUAACGUAGUGCUGGAACUCGGUUGUGGGAAAGGAGGUGAUCUCAGAAAAUAUGGCGCGGCUGGGAUUUCGCAAUUCAUCGGAAUUGACAUUUCCAAUGCGUCGAUUGUAGAAGCCCAAAAACGAUUCUCGUCUAUGGGCAACCUGGACUACCAAGUCGUGCUCAUUACUGGGGAUUGCUUCGGCGAAUCGCUGGGCACAGCUGUAGAACCGUUUUCCGAAUGUCGGUUUCCUUGCGAUGUGGUAUCGGCGCAAUUUUGUCUACACUACGCUUUUGAAUCUGAGGAAAAGGCAAGACGCACGCUUCUGAAUGUCACCAAGUCUUUGAGGAUUGGGGGGUACUUUUUUGGAACUAUCCCGGACUCUGAGUUCAUUCGGUUCAAAUUGAACAAAUUCCCUAAGGACGUUGAAAAGCCAUCAUGGGGAAACUCCAUUUACAAAGUAACGUUCGAGAACAACGAUUACCAGAAAAAUGAUAACGAAUUUUCUCCCCCAUUUGGUCAGAUGUACACUUAUUGGCUUGAGGACGCUAUCGACAAUGUUCCCGAAUAUGUCAUCCCGUUCGAAUCCCUCAGAAGUUUGGCUGAUGAAUACGGGCUAGAACUCGAGCUACAGAUGCCAUUUAACACUUUCUUUGUUCAAGAAAUUCCUAACUGGUUGAAUAAAUUCUCGCCCAGAAUGCUGGAAGGAUUGCAACGUAGUGAUGGCAAAUUAGGUGUUGAAGGCGACGAGAAAGAGGCAGCAUCAUAUUUCUACACAGUAUUCGCUUUCAAAAAAGUCAGAUAA